UCAACAUAUUUGUUAGUUUGAAGUAAUCAAUAAUUUAUUUGGUUCAAAAUAAAAAAAAUUAGGGACUAAUAGUUGGCGGCCAUUUUAUCGCUGAACGAGAAUCGACCUUUUGCGUCGCGACGACCUACGCACGGUGCGUGAAUCAAGAAGAAGUGAGUCUCUUUUGCGCAACUUACGCGUUUUCCUCCAAGGAAAAUGGCUACCAGCUGUCAUUCUAUCGGGAAGUCUAAUUCAUAAAAAGUUAUUAAGAUUUAACGAAAAAUCAAAUAGUACAUGAAUUUACAUAAGUAAUGUGGUGCAAUUGAAUGUUUCUAUAUAAAAACGGUAACUGAAAGUAUGGACGCUUGAGUGCAUAUUCUGUCGUGAACUUCUAUGGUGCCAUGAAAAUCCUGUGUUACUGUUUACAGUCCCUAUUUUAUGUGAAUUAAAAAAAGUUUUGCUGACUGAUAUUAAAGUAAAAUUAACAUUUUCACUAUUUUUUAUGAUAAACAAAUAAUUAUAAAAUUAAAUUUUUAUAAACUAAACGAGUUUGAAGAUAAAAUAAAAUAGAUUCGUAUUAUCAACUAUUCGUCAUCGAAAUAGGCACUAAAAGCUUUUUAUUCCAGAAAAAAACAUGGGUUCAAGUCAACAAUUUUCACUUAGGUGGAAUAAUUAUUUAAAGCACAUUACUUGUGCAUUUGAUACUCUCCGAACUGAUGAAGAUCUGGUCGAUGUAACUUUAAGCUGCGAGGGUAAACGCAUUAGGGCUCACAAAAUGCUACUUUCUGCAUGCAGUACAUAUUUUCGUGAUUUAUUUAAGGAAAAUCCUUGUCAGCAUCCAGUCAUUAUCUUUCGAAACGUCAAAUUCGAUGAUUUGGCAGCCUUAGUUGACUUCAUGUAUCAAGGAGAAGUAAACGUUGUACAGGAACAGUUAGCAAGUUUCUUAACAACAGCAGAGUUAUUGGCAGUACAGGGUCUCACUGAUGGAACUGGAAAAGAUAAUGAUAGUAUUAUAGAGGAGGAUGUUGAUGUACCUAAUGAACCCGAAGUUCAGCUUCAAAAUGCCUCAGGCAAACUAAUGACGAACAGUAAAGGAAGCAAAUCACCAUCAUCGCCAUUGCCAUAUCACUCAAUUGACCUACAACCAGACACACCACCAACAAAACGUCGAAAAUGUCGAGAUAAUUCUACAUUAAAUGCAGAAAAAUCAAAUGCUUCGAAAAAAGAUCUAAAUGACAAAUUAUCAGAGAAUCAAGGAGCUACGAGCACAGACCCAGUAGAAAUAAUACCUUUAAUGCCGAAUUUAAAACUUGAAAUGCCAGAAUAUUUAGAACAAGAUGGUAGUAGUUGUAGUUAUGAAGAACAGAGUACCGGAGAUGGAUCUACGAUUAAGCUGGGGGAUGAUACACUUUCAAGUAUAGCCGAAGAUGAUCAUAAACCUGAUAUCACUCAAACGUUUUAUACAAAUCAAGUCGCUCCAGAUAUAUCAGAUGGGAAACAUUCAGCAGAUAUUGGACUCUUACUUUCGAAACCAAGUACAUCAGGCGAGAGGAUAUCCCAGGAAGCAGUUCAAGAUUCACGUACAGUGGUCAUCGAACAACCGUCACACUCUUGCAAACUCUGCGGUAAAUCAUUUUGGAAUCGGGACUCAAUGUAUAAACACAUGAACAUGCAUAAAGGAACAACUCAGUGUCCGGUUUGCCACAAAGUGCUGAGCCGUACAACGCAUAUGAAACGUCAUUUAAAGAAUCGCCAUGGUUGGUUGGGGUUUGGAACGGUGGAUUCCGUUCGUAAUGCAACCCAAUUGCCAGUUACUACCGCAGCAAUUGCUCAGCAGAAUACCCAUUCGGCGAACCCUGAUUCAAAUCCAACAUUUACUACAAUACGCAUUAGAGAGAGCAGUGUUGAGAGAAUUACCUCUAGUCCUAUUCCUUAGUGUGAAUCAUUGCCACCAAAGAAGAAACAACCAAAAAAAUGUUAUCAUUAUCAACCUUUUGAGUUUUGCCACACUAGUCAUUUCGUACACAUACAUCAUGAUGUGUAUGUAUAAAUGUAUGUAUGUAUAUGUGUAUAAUACGAUACACAGAGAAUUAAACACGAUUAAUAAUUACACUCUAAUUAAAACCAAUUUUACAACCAAAGAUCACGGGAAUAAGUAAGAGUGAAUUAUUUUAUCUAGUCAUUUUUCAUUCAGUACUUAAUUCAUAACCAUACUAUAAAGAGGAAUGUGCAUUUAACAUCAUAUGCGUGAAAAAUGAUUAUUGCUAGUCUCGAACUACUGCCAAAGUUCAUUUAUUUAUUGAUAUUAUUUGUUUAUUCAAUCAUCAAAAUAAUGAUAAUAUUUAUUAUUUUAUUGAUUGGAAAUUUAAAUGGA